AUGUGACUGGACAAAAUGACUUCGCCGGAAAUUGCCAGACAAUUCUUGGCCAUCCUUGGCUACACCCCGGAAACACGUCGAGCUGCCGGUGGUCUGUUGGUCGAUAGCUCCAAACUGCAUAUCAAAGAAUGUCUCGGUUAUUUGUUGAUGCUCAACGGCUACGGAAUGAAAGAGGCAUCUGCAAUACUGGAAAAGAUUUGGUACGAGCCACCGUUAGAACCCACAGACGUGAUCCCCGGUGUGGUGGAUGCGAUUCGAGAACUGAAAAGUAAACACUUACACAUUGCCAUAAACACGUCUGACACACGAGAUGCCUGUCGUGAGUUUUUGGACUGCUCCAAACUGGACGAUUGUGUUGAUCUGAUCUCGUGUGCUGAAGAUGCGGAUCGUCACCCAAAACCACUGCCGCAUACCUGCACACCGCAACAGACCAUGGUGGUUGGAGACAGUCCGGCUGAUUUGCUCUCAGGCCGCGCAGCCGGUGUUCGACUGACCGUGGGCGUAUUAUCCGGUUUCUCGCUGGCUCACAAUCUACUCUCAUAUGCCAAUGUGCUCGUACCGAACGCCACCUAUUUACCUCAUUUGAUACAAUUGGACUGGGGUAACGGGAAUGUGCGGGCCCAGUGA